GGCCACCAUACAUAGAAUCACAAGUACAGUAUGUGAUGGCCAGUUCCAGCUGUGAGUGCUCACGUACCGUUAGCAGAUCAAUUGCUUCUCGUUCAGCUCUCGUGCCGUCCGUCGACGGGUGCAUGCACGAAUAGAAGCAUGCACCUGCAUCAAGGUCUUCCAGCGCUCCAACCGCAAUUCAGAGGCAAGGCAGCAGGCAGCAGGCAGUAGCAGAGGAGCGCAGCUGAACCCAAGAUUUCUGUCUCAUAUGCUCGUUUCCUGCGCAGAUGUAUACCAACGACCGCUGACCAUUCGCCGGUUCAACUAGGCUGACCUUCCCGUGCUCACACUUCUCACCACUUCGCCAGAGCCACUCGUGACUUUUUGAUCCUACGAGACCGGCGAAAGUAAAAGGCGACUUGACUGUUCUGCACCACCAUAGGGAGCCAAGCUGAAGCAGCGAAGUCAUUUCCUUGUCACGAAACCAGCGCCUCAGCGCCUCAGCACCUCGUUCGAAUCGAUCAGGAAAUCUGCCGAGCAGAGCACCAUGUGAGAUCAGACGUACGUCAACAGACGCUCGAGCGUGUCAAGGGCAAGGCUUUCGUGAUGAAAUCGUCCGGUACAUACUGUACACUGACAGAGCAGGCGACGUUGCAUAGCGUACAGCCACCCAUCGGCAAUACGACGACUAGUGUGUGUGCCUGCCAGACCACAAAAGAGGCUUCUUCGAGAGUCACAGUAAAAGGGGAUCGCCAGACACGAGGUCAGGUCGCGUGGAUCAUCGCGACUGCCUUUUCGAGUCAAGUGGCCUGCUAUGACGUCUUGCCCUCCUCCUCGCGCCAGAGAUGAUGAGAUGA